AUGGCAGCAGAGGCGGCGAGCGCGGGGGAUGCUGGCGACAGCAUCUUCCAGCAAAUCCACGACAGGGAUGUGCGCCCCUGGCUCGACCUGGUAGACGAGCUGAGAGCGCACGGCAUCUCGCAGGACCUACCUCUCCCGCAGAUCGCUGUGAUGGGCGAUCAGAGCUGCGGGAAGUCGAGUGUGCUCGAGGCUAUCUCCGGCAUACCGUUCCCGCGAGGGUCAGGCCUGGUGACGCGGUGCGCGACGCAGCUCAUCAUGAAGAGCAGCCCCAAGGGCUCCCCCUGGAAAGCAAGCGCCAGCAUCCCGGAGCAGCAGCAGCAGCAGCACGGCGCCUCCAGCCUUUGGAGAAAGACCAAGAGCAGCACCAGCAAAACCUCGGCAGAUUUCCCGAAGGGCCCGAGGUCUGCGUCCACGCCCGAGGAGCUCACGAAGGUGAUUGAGGACCUUCAAGACGCGUUGACGGCGGGAGACCAGGGGGCUUUCUCGACGGCGACCAUCUCUGUGCAGGUCCAAGCGCCGGGGCUACCUGACCUGACCCUGAUCGACCUCCCGGGGAUCGUUCGGACGGCUACGAAAGGCCAGCGGACUAGUGUCAUGGCCGAGGUCAACGGACUGAUCCAGAGGUUUUUGGAGCAAGAGCGGACGAUUAUCCUUGCAGUGGUGCCCGCGAACCAGGACGUCGCCCCGGUGGACAUUCUUGAAAGGGCCAAGAUGGUGGACCCCGAGGGUGACCGAACGAUCGGGGUCCUAACCAAACCCGACCUCAUCGGUCCCGGCAACGAAGACGAGGCGGCGGCGGUCCUCAAGAACGUCCGCAAGCCGCUCAAGCUCGGGUACGUGAUGGUCAAGUGCCGCAGCCAGAGGGAUAUCGACCAAGGGAUGGAUAACAAGGAAUCCCUCAGCUCGGAGGCAGCCUUCUUCCGCCAGCAGCCGGUCUUCAAGAGCCUCCCCUCGUCGUUUUUUGGGGUCCCGAACCUGACUCGCAGACUCACAGACCUUCUUGUUGGACGCAUCAAGGCCGCUCUCCCCAACAUCAAGUGGGAGAUCCAGACGCAGCUAGUGAAGGCGGACGCGGAGCUGAAGCCGAUGCUCAAGGGGGUUCCGCACACUACGGCGGAGUGCCACACUACCCUCAUGAAGAUCGUCUCGGACUACUGCCGCUUGCUCAGACAGUCUGCGAGGGGCUACUACCGGGACGACGUGCUCUCCGCAAAGCCCACCCUGAGGCUUCACGCGGCGAGCCAGGCCAUCUUCCGGCAGCUGCACCAAAACAUCGCCGCCACCGUGCCGGGGUUCAACGACGUCGGCUUCGGGGACAGGCUGGGCAGGGAGAUCGCGGCGCUGAGGGGGCGAGAGAUGCCGGGUUUCCUCAACCACCAGGUGUUUUACGGUUUCAUGAUCCAGAACGUGGAGACCUGGCGGCCUGCCGUGGAGUCCUGCCGGUCCCAGGCCGCCAACGCCGCUCUCACGGUGGCCUCCUUGUUGGUGGAGACCCUGGCUCUUCAGUUCCCCCGCCUGUGCUCGGCGGUACGAGACGCUCUCGCGUCGCUUGUGGAGCAGCUGGCGGAGGAGGUCAGCGUGAGGAUCGACGAGAUUUUCCAGAAGGAGUCCGACCCCUUCACCACUAACGAGGGGAUGCUGGAAGUCAUCAACACCAUCCGCUUCAGGCAUUUUGACAAGGCCGUGGAGGAUGCCAUGGACGAGGCGGGGGAAUCGCCCGAGAACAUGGAAGCCCUCAAGGGGGCCGUGAUGGAGAAGCUUAGCGAGUGGUACAUGCGAAACCACGGGGUGGGGACGAUGGCGAACGUCGAGGACAUGUGCACGCUCCUGCAGGCCUACUGGAACGUGGCGACAAAGCGUCUAGUGGACAACGUGUGUAUGACGAUGGAGCAAGACUUCGUGGUGAAGCUGCUGGGCAAGGUGGAGUCGGAGCUGUUCCUUCUCACUAACCGUUUCUCGGAAGUGGAAGAGCUCUUCGUUGAGGACACGAGCGUGGUGGAGAAGCGGCGCUCCCUGCAGGCCAAGAAGCAACGCCUCCUCAAGGGCUUGGAAACCCUCAUGCGGAUGGCCCCCGACCUCGUCGCCACCAGGCCGGGCGGCGGAGCCGGAACGGCUGACGAUUACGUGGACAGCUCGCAAGGACUCCUCCAGCAGGCGUCUGGAAGGGGGACUGACGGGCGCGACGAUCCGGCUCAGAUGAAGGCUCGCUUGGAGGAAGCAGCGCUCUUGGCGCAGGCGGAGGGAAGAUCUACCAGCACGGAUUGGAGCAGCACCGCGUGGAGCCGCCCUGCUGCCAACGCCGCCGCGGCCUCCGGCACUAGCACCUCCUACGGGGCGGGGGGGCUCGGCGGACGGCAGUCCUCUGGUGGGAGUAGUACCACAGGCGCCGGCGGGGCGCGGCAGCCCGACCACUACGACCUCCCCGUGAGGCCUGCCCAGGGCGGAGCGGCGGCCGGACUAGGCGCGCCUUCUCGAGGACCGGACCCCCGCCGCCCGGUUGGAGGAGGAGGAGGAGGGAGAGGGGCGAGUGACGCGGCGAGCGCGGCGCAGCGGAAACAAGACGUGCUGGUGGGAAGGCUGGUGGACAUGGGCUUCUCCAGGCCGCAGGCGGAAGACGCCUUGAUGAAGAGCGGGGGCGACCCGGACUUGGCGGCAGAGCAGCUCAUGACACAGGGGUCUGAUGCCGCGGCUAGCAACGGCAGAGGAGGCGGUGGCGGCGGUGGGUCGCGAGGCGCCCCCCCUGUUCCCCCCCGGGCCCGGACCAACCGUGGCCUCCCCGACAACUUCUCUAGGCAGAGCGGCCACCCGGCCACCUCCACCUCCUCGGGAGCGAGCAGGUCUACCCACUUCUUCGGCGGGGGAGGAGGAGGCGGCGGCGGCGGGGCAGCCUCAGUAUCGGCCACCGACUUCAACUCGAGGAACAGCCAAUCGCCGCCGCAGUCCGCCUCCAUGCGGCGAGGGUUGGAAGAAGGCGGUGGAAGCAACGACGACGGCGGAUUGGCCGACUUUUUGGGGUCCCCAGCCGCCGGUUCAUCAUCGGUGGGGGGCAGCGGUGGUGCCCGGAGAGUCGGGGAAGAGGCCGAUCGAUACGGGCUGUUUCCUGCCUCGACGGGGGGUGCGGCGGCGGGAGGGGGCUCGCGGGUGGCGCAGUCGCGGUCGCGGUACGACGCCCUCUUCGGGGAAGAGGAGACGAAGAGUAACGCCUCUACGAGGAGAAGCGACGGCACCAUCAGAAGGAGAACGGACACGUCUUCGCUCUUUGGAGAGGACGGCACCCGGUAGGACCAACAACACAACACACCUUUUUUCCCCUCGCGACAACGUCCCGGUCUUGCCCGAGCGGGGGACGGUGGAGGAGAGGGGGCGGGGUCGAGCGACGAGGGUGAAACCGCCAGUCUAUCUCGAGAGUCCCCAAGAGGGAGAGGACAUUGCUGGCUUUUGCUUGUGACGCGUAAGCCGAAACACGAGAGAGCGUUUUUUGUGUGUGGCCCGAGUAACUGUGGUGGGUCCAGGUGGCUCUUAUUUUGGGCGUGUUGUGAGCAGGCGAGCGACCGACGACUCACGAGUUUUCGUCAUCUGGCAGCUAUGGCUAUCGUUUUGUUUUUGCCUUUUUGCUUUUUGGUUUUGGAUCGUGUUUUGGGUCGUAGUGAUCGCGUCGUCCUCUGAUUUUGUGUGGCGUGGGGAAGACUACAGGAGGAAUGUUUGGCUUGGCAACUAUCUACCCUAUAUUGGAAGUAGCGGGAGGUUCGUGAGUGUUGUAGGUUCAUGUACCGCGUCGCAGCUCCUUGGUAGUACCGCAGACGUUUGCAGUUUUGGCACGCCGGGAUCGAGCGAUUGACUGCCACUAUUCUUGUUUUUUCGACGAAUCAGUCACGAGAAACAAGCUGGAGGAGGAGGAUACACCCUUUAAGUAUCCCUCUACCCGAUAGAUAUGAAUGUCA